AUGCAGAUCCCCAAAAAAAUUCAACCAAGUACAAUUCUUCCUGGGGCAAGCUCCCCAAUUGGUGUAUUGUGUGGCAAUUGCGGUGCUGUAGUUUCUACCUCUACCACCAUCGGCCGAGGCUGUGUGAUCGGAGCCCAAUCUGCUAUUGGCAACUCAGCAACAAAGUGUGACUGCAGGUUGGGUCACUACAUCACCGUAGAACCCGCAACCGUUGUGGAAGCUGAAGAAAUCAUGAUGAGUGAAAAAGAUCCCGAAACUGGAUCUCUACCAACGCACAGUUUUAAAAAAGUAGCAUGGUGCAAUCGGAAAAAAUUCUCUUUGGAACGUUACUAUAAAUUUCUGCAACCUAGUUUGGAAACAGGGCAUCUUACCAAUGAUGGACCUUUGCAACGGGUUUUGAAGGAGAAGGUUGCUAAUCUGGUUCGUUCUAGUCGAACAGUGAAUCUUACCAGCAAUGGUACAAGUGCGCUUCAUGCCCUGGUUGCUGGGCAUGAGCUCCGAAGGGGACGUCACCUCAAAUGGGUGACGCAAGCGUUCACUUUCCCCUCAUCUAUCCAGGGCCCUCUUGCAGAUGCGCUUGUCUGUGAUAUUGAUGCCAAGUAUCGAGGACCGUGCAUGAAAUUCUUACAGCAUCACGCCGAAGAGUAUGACGGCGUCAUUGUGACGAACGUCUUUGGACUACAAGCUGAGAUUCUUGUUUAUGAGCAGUUUUGCAUCGCUUCAAAUAAGCUACUCAUUUUUGAUAACGCUGCCACUCCCCUUGGUUUCACUGAUGACGGUCGUUCCAUUCAUGAUAUCGGAGAUGGUUCUUUUAUUAGCUUUCACGAAACCAAACCCUAUGGACGAGGCGAAGGAGGGGCAGUUUUUGCAUCAAGAGAAAUGUCGCCGUUUGUUCACAAGGCAAUGAAUUUUGGAUUCGAUAUUCCAAAUCAAAUCCGUAUUCCAAAUCGCUAUUCCAGUAACUGGAGAAUGUCAGAUUUCGCUGCAGCUGCCAUAUGUGAUCAUUUGGACACGGUCGUAAAUGACAAAUGGGAAGAAAAACUGAACGCAUUUGCCAGUUUUAUUGUUCAAGAACUGGACAAGCGAGGGUAUAGCAUGGCUUUCCCUGUGCGUUUUCCAACCAUUCUCUCUGGCGUGUUCGUAGAUCUGAAGCAGCAACACGGAUCCGCCGUGAGUCGCCUUUUUAAUGCUAACGGUUUUGAGGCAAAACAAUACUACUGCCCUUUAGUGGAUCGGACUAAGGCCCCUGAAGCGUGGAAGCUGUUUGAUCGAACAGUUUUAUUGCCAUUCCAUGAAGGCAUAUCUUCUGAAGCUAUGCUUAAUAUGCUGGAUCAUCUGCCUAAGAUGAAGAAAUAG